AUGAACACAAUCAGAUCUACCUGGGUGGGCUGGGGCACUCUUUGUGUCGCCGGUGGCGGCGCUUACUACUUCGCAAAGCAAUCCAUCAACGCCGACCGCCAAUCCCGAUUCGACGCCGAGAUCAAGCGUAAAGCCCAGAUGAAGGCUAUGGAAGAGGAACACAAGCGGCAGACACUUUACACCCCGGGGCCUACCCCAAGCGACGAUGCCAGCUUAAAGCGAGCAAACAUGACUCGGCUUCAGAAUACCGCCGACGACGUCGCCUCUCCGAGUACCGAAGCCUCCCAUGACCCCGCACCCACUCGUCACGAACCCUUGACUGAGGCCGACCGUGUUCUGGAGAAAGGGAAAUACGAAACAUCGACCCCGUACCGACCUCCGACCGGCAAUCGGUUUAGCUGA